GUCUCGACCUUCUCUACGACCUUCUCUAAGUCUUUGCCGCCAACGCGGACGAUGUCAAUGUGCCAGCUACCUCUACGAGUACUUUACACAGUCAACAGCUCUCCUCAAUACAUUCUAGCCCGGUCUCCGACUUCUGUGCAGGUCACUCUUUGCCCAUCUCCAUCUGCUGCAAAAGCGCAGUACGGCCUAGCACCGCUGAAAGCAUGCCUCAAUGCUAUCUGUAACUCAAGCCCAGAGCUUCUCCUGGACAAUUCCAGGGAUUUUUCCAUCUACGUACUGGACCCAUUGGAGUCGCAGACUAUGCCAGCCCCUGUAGAUUUUUCCCAAUCGAACGCGGCAGCUGUUUCAGUGCCGCAAGCAACCCAACCACGAGGAGUGGCCGUUGCGCUGGGGCUGAUGUCGUGGGCGCUCACAGCGGACGAAUCAGACAGCGUGACUGCCACUGGCACAAUUACAACGCUUGGCACGGGCCUUGAUGCCCUUGAAGUGGUCUUUGCUCUCCGAGAGACGAAACAUAUCCAGAAAUCCCACCUUUCUGAUGCUCUGAAAACUUGGAGUCAGCCGUCCAAAGUUGCAUCUGCCAGACCUACCAACUCAGAAACUCCACCCUCGUCACAAGAACAAGGCAAACCUCUCACUAAAUCCGCUGAUUUCCCUGAGGUUUACAUCGGACCUCCAAAGCGCGGUCGGGGCCGCCCUGAGGGGACGAGUAAGAAAUCCAAGCAAUUAAAGUCACAAAAACCUCUUGUGAGGCCGGCAGCACCACCAUUUAUAUGUGCCCCGCUUGUACGACCACAACAGGAACAAUCCGUAGCAGCCUCUGCCCAUACGCCUACUCCUUUACUUACGUUACUGUCUGCCCUGUCUGCCGGGAGAGACAACAUGGCACUCCUGGCUGCUCUUUCGACGGUGGAUUCGACGCCGUCGGGGUCAGAGCCAAGUCCAGCACUACUAAACGCACUGAGGGAUUUGCUAGCAGCGCAAAGUCAGAAUCAACAGCCUUCGCACGCGCUGCAGCCUGUAUCGCGGAAUAAUCAAGACGAUGAAAUUGUUAUAUUGGAAAAGGAACAUGUGGAUCUGACCGCAUUCCGACGACGGGUGGAAAGGGGAGACUCGACCAAUUUUGCCACGACCACUGCAGAUGAGUCAGAAACCACCCCUCAGCGCCAGCGUCGUGCCCGCAUUCCAUCAGGCGGAAAAGAGAAUACACAUUCAUCCCCCAUGGCCCGCAAGCGCAGGCUUAGCGACUUCAUGGCAGAACAGGAAAACAAUAAAGCUCGAAGGAAGCGUAUCCACCCUCGGUCAGAAUCCGGGCGAACAUCUGGCACUUUUGAAACGCCUCAACCAGCAAUUACUCCUGGUUAUCCCCGCACCGUUCGCUCAGAUUUCGACCCGAAUGUAUCAUCUGAAAUGGCCACCGGGUCUUCGCAUUUCCGCCAAAGGUCAUCUCCUUCCCGGCCGAUGUGUCGUUCUGUAUCAGAAUCCCAGUCCUCCUUUGUCAUACCACAUUCGGCGCCGGCACCUGUAAAGCCCGUCAAGAAUUUCAUCGUGCCAGAGUGGGCACGUACGAGCACUGCCACCCAGCCAAAGCUCUCGAAGGAAGUGGAAGAACGUAUCGCGCUCGUGGAGCAAGAGAAGAAGGAGAAACGCGCUGCACGGCGAACACAGAGACCAGGAUGUUGGCAACAAGAAGUUGGAGCACCGACUGGACUGUCUUCAGAGGAGGGAUACAUCUCCAGUACAAUGGUACAUGCACUUGUCAAAGAGACUACUAUAUCACGGUCGCAGAGUGCUCUUUCGCUCUCCUUGCCCGUAUUUGCAUCCGACGUAUCUAUAUCAUCCCCCCUCUCGCCUUCUUCCCCCGUAUCUGAGACACCUCCGGUGCCCAGAACACCUCCUCGGAAGACUUCAGUUUUGCGUGUCACGCCACGAAGCCUUGGACUUGAUGGUGCUUCUCCACUGUUCAGCCCGACGCCCAAAUCACUUUGGGGCAGCACUGGAAAGACACCGCUCUUUUCCUCCCAUCCCCUUACACCUUCUCGCAAGAGCAAGAAGCCUGUCUUCUCCCCUAUCCACCUCCGCACACCAUCCUUGAAAAUGUCUCCCCUACGACUUGGGCUCAGUUCGCGCUCAUCCCUCGAAUGGGCCAACAAGUCUGUCGAGCAGCCCGUCGACCGCGAGGAAGAAGACCUACUCGGCAAGGAACUCGACGAUGCGCUUCAAGGACUGGAUGUCCCAGUGGUCAAGCAGCAGGACACGGCGGAUGACCUCGAAAUUGGUGAGGACAGCAUAACGUUGCCUCUAUCCCCCCUUCCUCCCUCUUCGCCACUCCCGCCUACAAGUCCUUUGCUACUUCCUUUGACAGACGAUCCAAUGGAAGAAUUCAUCGACAGCGACGCAUUCUUCAGCGACUCGGAUGGAGUACUAGGAGACGCGAGUGAGCUUCCGCCGUCUUCGAUGUCGGAUUGGUUGUCCUCGGAUGACGAUGGUGGAGUUGAUAUGGGCGAGUUGCUGGCCUUGGACGAAUCUUCUGGACUGGAUCUUGAAGGCGCUUACCCACCGAAUGCGUUCGCUGAUAUGGACUUUACGGAGUUUUGGGAGUCGCUUAAGCCUCUCCUUCAGGCAAGCGCCGGCGGGGAGGGGGAGACAAUUGUCAGCAUGGAAUCUGGAGCUGUGGUCGAUGGUGUCGAUGUGGACCAUGGAAAGCUUGCCCAGGAGGUGCAGGUGCUUUUUAGUGGGUGUUUGAUGUGAAAUAAUGGACGCAUACUACAUUACAAGAAACAGUUCAGGGAGAAUCUGUCUACGAAAUCGCUUAUCAGGGCACAUAAAUGCAUAUUUAAACACAAUCAAGUCUUUGCGAGGCAAUCAGCUGUGCAACAUGCUAAACACGCAC